AUGAACAUGCGGGAGCGGUUCGAUGUCGCCGUUAUCGUCGAACGCUCGCUUGGGGGGGUGCUGGGAUCCGUGUCAAGAACCGUUUCUACACGGAAGCCCUCGACACGCUCAGAGUUGGCCCUCUCCGCGUUGGAGGAAGCAGCAGCGAUCCCCGGGCGAGUUCUUCUUUCCGAUUCGAACACGCGACCGCCGCUGGAGGAGGGUGAGGGCGAUGAGGAUCGUGGGAUUGACGGGCGGCAUCGCAUCCGGGAAGACCACUGUCUCCAAUCUCUUCAAAUCCCAUGGCGUCCCCGUCGUGGACGCCGACCUCGUCGCCCGUGAUGUUGUAAGAAAGGGGACUGGUGGUUGGAAAAAGGUUGUAGCAGCAUUUGGGGAUGAUAUUUUACUAGAAAAUGGAGAAAUUGAUAGAGCAUGCCUGGGUCAAAUUGUUUUUUCUGAUGCUACAAAACGUCAACUUCUAAAUCGUCUAUUAGCUCCAUAUAUUUCUUUUGGCAUUUUUUGGGAGGUGGUGAAGCUAUGGAUCAGGGGGUCUAAGGUUAUCAUUCUUGACGUCCCAUUGUUGUUUGAGGCUAAAAUGGACCAAUGGACAGCUCCUAUUAUUGUUGUAUGGGUUGAUCCUGAAACUCAGGUAACACGCCUAAUGGCAAGAGAUGACAUAUCUCAAGAACAAGCCAAAAACAAGAUUCAUGCUCAGACUGCACUAGAUUGGAAGAAGACAAAGGCGCAUAUGGUCAUCGAUAACUCAGAUGUUUCGGAAUGUUCAGCAGGUCAAGACAUGAACAUAAGAACUAAUCUGUGAAAUUCAUCACUGGACAUCAAAUAUGCUGCUCCAUUAUCGACAUUUCCUCCUAUUAUUUUUUCAACCUCAGAUACUUGAAAUCUUGCAAGACCUAAUUAAGGUUAGCCAGGGCUCAAAGGAAGCAAUGUUAGAUAUCAAUGGAGCUUCAUUCACCUGACCGCUGCUAGAAAAGACCUUUUUUGUCCGCUAUAUCUAUGAAUAUUACUCAUAUAACUUUCUAUGAGUUGCUCUUACCUCCGGAUGCCAUACUGCAGUGCAGGGCAUGCUCGAAAGUUUAAGCAGAGUAAGAUCUUGAUAUCACUUGUAUAAUUUAUGCCUUUGAAGCUUUGGGGAAUCAUAUUUUGCAGAGGAGGCGACAUAUCUACGAAAGGGAUUAUGGUUUUGGUGUCAAAAGGAAAUAUGUGAAUGUCAAUGUAAGCAAUAAGAAACCAUCAAGGCCGCCGGUUUUACUUGACAUUAGCAGUUAUAUAUUUUUUUGAUGCUUGGUGUCAAACAGUUGUCCUGAGGACUUGGUCGCAGGUUUGUACACAUUGACCAGAAGGGUUCAUGGUAGAUGAUUUUCUUUU